UGUUCCUCAGUUUCCCUAUCUGUAAAAUGGAAACACUUAAAGCUGAGGAGUCCCUGAAUGGUGAAAACUUUUAAAUGCUUGCUACUAGCCAAAAGGUUGGUGGUUUGAAACCACCCAGAAGUGCCUCAGAAGACUGGUUUGGCAGUCUGGUUCCAGAAGGUCACAACCUUGGAAACCCUGUGGAGCAGUUCUACUCUAUACCCAUAGUGUUGCUGUGAGUCCCCUCCUGCCGCACCAUGAGGCUCCUUCUGUCGCUCCCGGUCCUGGUGGUGGUUCUGUCGAUGGUUUUGGAAGGCCCAGCCCCAGCACAGGCGGCCCCCGACUUCUCCGGCACCUUGGAGGGCAUCCCGGACAAGCUGAAGGAGUUUGGAAGUACCCUGGAAAACAAGGCCAAGAAACUCUAUGACAGAAUCAAAGAGAGCGACUUUACUACCAAGACCCGGAGCUGGUUUUCGAGGACAUUCGGCAAGUGAAGAAGCGCUUCGGAACCACCUUCCCCUGAACACUGGGAGCGCUGUCUGCUCUCCUCAGCAGCCUAGUCCCUGCUCCAGGCUGAAACUGCAGAGCCCUGGGCUGAGGACUCCCACCGUAAUGUCUCUUACCCCCCUAUACCAAUAAAGUCCUAUAGAGAAUC